ACCCGAUAUCAAAAAUCGAUGACAGUCUUGUUUUUGUGCUGGAAUUAAGGCGAUAUAAGACAAUUCCUUGGGUAUUGCCAACAAUUUAAGACAAAAUGUCGCUUACUCCCUUUCUACGCCUGCCCUUAACCGAUCUGACCGGGUGUCUAAUUAACCACCAGACCUACGACAAGUGCGGAAAAUUCGAGAUGAAAAUGAUGGAGUGCUUCGAGGCGUAUGGCCUGGAGCGUGGAAAACGGGAGUGCGCCGACCUGAUCUCCGACUUUCAGGAGUGCGUCGGCAUGCAGAAGCAACUGAUGCGCUUCCAUGCCAUGCGAAACGAACGCUACAAGCAGUGGCUCAAGGGGGAGCGUAAGGGACAGGAAUUCUUUGCGGAUCCGCCACGCGUUGAUGCCUACUAGACGUAGACCCUUUUUCUUGGUUAGUUCCACAUUGUAAAACCGCAAAUUGUGUAAAAAUAAAAAGAGUAACAAUUCUGGUAAUA